UCUAUUUGGCUCUGAUACGCAUGCGCAAAGUUGCAUCUUAACUGACGGAAUAAGUAGGAAACGAAACCUAUUCUCUUUAUAUCGCUUCACACGGCUGUUUGAGAUCAUGCCACAAAAAAGAAGACGCCAGUAGCAUCGUGAGACAGUAUACUGAACGUCACUGCCCAACAUCAUUUGCUCUUAAAGGCACACCCACUCUCUUACCAUGAGUGUGUUUAUUCUCAAACUGAAUUCAUCAACAAUGUCUAAUCUAUUAUAAACUCUUGCACAACUGGCAGGGCCACAAUCUUGUCUCCUAGCAUUAUACAGGUAAACAUGCCUGCUGAAGUGUCCCGUCUGAAGCCACUGUUGACCCGAUAUGACCUCAGACUUGUGUGUGAUCAGUGCACCGUGAAAGAGAGGGAAAUCACUUACACACUCAAAGCAAACUCAAAGCAGCACCUGUGUUCGCACAGCCUGCUUUUAUGUCGAGCCAAAGGAGACAGCCACUGGAGGCCUGUCUCUAAGCGCCCCACGUUCCCAAAUCCCAGUCUGUACCAGGUGUGUUGGUUCUUCAGGGAGGGCAAUGGCUGCUCAGAGCACAAAAACCGCUGCACUUUUGCCAGGAGUAAGGAGGAAGCUGCUGUGUGGAACUUUGAGAAGGAUAUGAAGAUGGACCAUCUACACCUCUGUAAUACAGUUGCUCAUAUAAAUGGAAGUGCUCAGCCUACAUCUACCCUGUCACUAGACCUUACAGCUGUAGAUCUGAAGGCUGUUUGUGAUCAGUGUUGUAUUCAAGAGAAAGAAAUUACAUACUCUAUCAGAUCAGCUGUUCAUACUUGCACACAAAAUCUUCUUUUAGCCAAAUACAAAAUCUCUGAUCAAUGGCGGCCGGUUGCAGAUUUACCUACAAAAGGUCACUUUCGUCAAAAUGUCCAGUACCAGGUGUGUGACUUUUUUAUUGAAGGCUCUGGGUGCAUAAAAGAUGGAAAGGGCUGCACCUACGCUCGGAGCAGUGAAGAGGCAGCAGUGUGGAACUAUGUCAGAAACAACCAGAUACACGUUAAAGACUUAAUCAGACAAGUUGCUGAGGCCAGUGUAAUGACCCCAGAAAAGGCAGCUAAAGACAUCAUGGAACACUUUCCUGGGCGAUUCACUGAGCUAUGCAAAAAAUGUUUUUACAGUCGACCGACAAAACUGGUGGCAAAAAGGUGUGAUGACACUUGUUUAGCUGCACACAAAUGGGAGCCUCUUCUUGUCCAUCACCCAGCAGAACAAGGCAAAACGCUGAGUCAAAUUCGUCCACUUCCCCAAAACUCCUCGCUGAAGUUUUGCAGCCAUGUCAGGGAUGGUAAACCAUGCUGGCACAACCCUGGCCAUUGCACAUCGGCUCAGAGUGAGGUGGAGAUGUGGGUGUGGAGGGCGGAGCUGGAGGGUCUCAAUGUGCGUACCCUCCUUCUUCAAGUCCAGCCUCAACAGGAUGCACAGCAGAUCUCCAUGUACUGCAGAGUGUGCUUCCUUGUCCUGCCCACUGCUGAGAGCUUCUACAAGCACUGCUCCUCUAUAGAGCAUGCCAAGUUACUGCGGGAGGACACCAGCAUCCGGUGGAAAGGACGACCACCUCCUCACUCCAGACAAGCGGAAUUCUGGCUCUGUGACAGACCAGAAACAUGUGAAUAUGGAAAAAGCUGCCCCAAAGCUCACUCUGAAGAGGAGCUCCAGGAGUGGCUGAUGCGCACUGCAGAAGUGGACAAAAUCAGACAGAACAUAGAAGCUGAAGGCCUCAUGAGCUAUAAUGAAAGACUCUUACAGGAGUACAGGAGCAGCAGCAAUGAGGUGCACAUUAUGUCUGAGCAAGUUGAUGACGUGACCAUCUCUUGUGAUGAAGAUUUGACUCUGACCUGUGAUCUGGUUCAUACAAAGCUGCAGUGGAAGUUCCAAGUGGAAACAGAGAGGCCACUUGUGCAUGUGGCGUUGCUGAAGCAGGAACCGGGAGCAUGCUUUUCCCUUGACGACAGCUCUCCUUGCAUUUACUCAGCCGGCCACCGUUUCUUCACUGAUGAGACCACUUAUGAAUUCACUGUGUGUUUUACUUCAGAUGUUCCUGGCCUAUAUGAUCAGUGGCUUGUACUGGACUUUGACAUGAGACCUGUGCUGUUACAAAAACUAAGAGUGGCAGUUGGUCAGCCCUUGUCAGAUGAUAGUGAAGAUCUAACUAGAAACCCUGCAGCUUCCUUUCUAAAGGUUGAGCGCUGGCACACAGGAAAUAGAAUGAUUGUUCCUUGUAUAAAACGGACUGAGGCACAGGAAGAACUGCUAAAGCGGUACAAACCCCCACAGGUUAACUUUGUAUACAAGCCAGCCCUUAAUAUCCAAACAGAACUGACUCAUGAAAACUAUAAAGAGCGAAUGCAUCACUUUCUGUACAGUGAGGAGCAUGCAGAGGAUCAGGCUGUGUCAAGGCUAAAUGUAUAUGGAGAAAUGGCAAUAAGGGAUCAGAGUACAUUGUGGGGCACAGAUGGAAGAGUGCUGUAUGGAGAGAUAUGUCUUCCCUUCAGCCUCACAGCUGAUAGCCCUGAGGGUCUGGCACUUCGGCGAAGCAUUCAGUCAGCACUUAUUGCCCCUGCAUCAAAAGGGACAAACAGCAAGGUCUAUGAAGCCACCAUUUUGCUGGAGCAGGCUACUGAGAAUGUAAUGUAUUUGCAACUGUCAAAAAGGUGCUGUGUUGAUCUAGAACUUAUACCCAAUACAUCACUUGAGAUGGAGGUCCAGUUUCAGCUCAACCGUUACCACUUCUGCAGUUUGCACAAAGCUGUGGACCUGCUUCCUGAUUUAAAACAAGUGCUCCCAGACCUUAAAAACUGUACUAUUCCUGUAAACAGCAUUCAGUGUGACAAAUUAAAUGCAAAACAACAAGUAGCAGUAGAAUUCAUCACAGGAACAACAAAGGAUCAGAAAGGUGUCGCUCCAUUGCUCAUCUAUGGCCCCUUUGGAACAGGAAAAACAUUCACUCUUGCUACAGCUGCCAUCGAGGUGUGUCGGCAGCCCCAAAACAAAGUGCUUAUAUGCACUCACACCAACAGUUCUGCAGAUCUGUACGUUAGAGACCAUUUUCAUGAAACACAAGUGAAAAUUAAACCACUUCGCAUCAAGGCUAACACAGACUGGGCAUUGUCUGCCACGGAUAAAAUUACCCUUGAAUAUUGUUUGCUCAAUGAAGACAAGAACAUGUUUCUACCACCAACCAAAGCAGUCCUAGAUCAACAUAAUAUCAUCAUAGUCACCGCGACUAUGGCACGACAGCUGCAUGACCUGAAGCUGCCAGAGGGUUACUUCAGCCACAUUCUGAUCGAUGAAGCCUCUCAGAUGUUGGAGUGUGAAGCUCUGUCAGCUCUUGGUCUUGCCGGACCAGACACACGGGUGGCAUUAGCAGGAGAUCAUAUGCAAAUGGGGCCAAAGCUCUUUUCUGUAGAGGAUCACAAGCGUUCAGAUCACACGCUGCUGACACGCCUAUUCCACUAUUAUCAGAUUCACAAGUGUGACUCUGCACAGAAGAGUCGUAUCAUACUGAGUGAAAACUACCGUUCUACCAAAGAAAUAGUAGACUUUGUUUCUACUCACUUCUACAUUGGUAAAGGUGAUAUUAUCAAAAGCACUGACAAAGUCCCUCCUCCUUCAAAUGGCCAUGCCCUCAGGUUCAGUCAUGUCAGAGGACAGGUCCGUUUCUCCAGCAUGGCUCACAGUCGAAGUAUGGCAUGGUACAACAGCCAAGAAGCCUACAGAGUGGUUGAUGCUGUAAAGGAUAUUCUGCAAAACUGGCCUUCAACCUGGGGACCCCAUAAACCACAGUCCCAGAUAUGUGUCAUAUCUGAGGGAUUUCAGGUUCAAAAGAUAAGAACUGAACUAUCAAAAAUAAAUCUUAAUGAAGUUCAAGUUCACAAUCUAGCAAAUGUUCAAGGUUUGCAGUUCAGGGUGGUCAUUAUAUCAGCUGUGCACUCCCGAGAUUCUCUGCAGAUCUGUCAGCUGACUGGUCUGGAGCUCUUCAAUGAUGUGCGUGUCCUGAACACUGCACUGACCAGGGCACGCUCGCUGGUGUUAGUUGUCGGUGAUGCUGCUGCUCUUUGCUGCUUUGGACAGUGCUCUCAGUUCUGGAAGAACUAUAUUGACUAUUGCAUCCAUAGCAACAGUGUUGACCCAUUGUCUUUUUCAAAAGACUUCUUUGAAAAAGAUUUAAUUGAAACCAGACGGUUUCAGAAGUCUGACCAAGAUGAGAAGUCUGAACAAGAUGAGGAAAACUGCUCUCUCAGUGAUACGAUUCUUCAAGAAUUAAAAGAUGAAUAUGAAUUGAAUGAGGAAUUGAUCAGUGAAGAUGACAGCGUAGAUGCUCAGGAUAAUCAUCAAAAGUCAAACACAUCUUAUACAAAGACUAAUUCAGACCAUUCAGAGGCAACCAAUGAACACUUUGACAGACAUGGAAAACUUGUCAGAGAGUCAUACAACCGUGGCUAUGUGAUACCAUCCACAAGGCCCCAUGUGCGCAUAAAUAUAAAAGGAAGAAACAAUCUAGGGAAAGCCUUCACAGGAGAUGAAGUGAUCAUAGAAAAAGGAAAAGUGAUCGCCAUCACAAAGAAAUGUGACUCAGCCCGGGAACUUUUGUGCUGUCUACAGGAAGAAGAUCACAGUAAAAACAAGGACACUUCUGGUAAAUCAGUAUAUCAGUACAUCAGGCGAAUAAUGAUACCUGUCUCCAAGUCUGCUCCAAAAAUCUGCAUACUCAUCAGCAAGAAAAAACGUCACCAUCUUCCAGUGUGGUCACAAGUACAUGGUAACUGGACGAGUAGAAAGCUUGAUGAAACAUUUGAACAGAAUCAUGUCUUUCUGGUGCAAGUGGUGAACUGGAAAGAAAACUGCAUAUUUCCGCUGGGCAUUGUAAUUGAUGUUCUGUCCAUUGGAAAUUCCUUGAGUGAAGGCCUCCAAAUUCUCAAUGCACAAUAUAAUGUUGGUCCCACGAUAUUAGAUAGACCAGACUUGGAGGAUACAAACAAGUCAAAGAGAAAGGACAGGCGCAGCAGAAUCACUUUCACCAUUGAUCCUCCUGGAGCCAGAGAUCUGGAUGAUGCCAUCAGUGUAGAGGCUAAUGUUAAUGCUGAACACUAUAAUCUAGGGAUCCACAUUUCUGAUGUGGCUAGCUAUGUACCUUUUGGUGAUGAAUUGGAUGAAGAUGCAAAACAACGUUGCAUUACAUAUUACAGCAAUAAAAAAUCUGAAGACACCAUUCAUAUGUUUCCCCAAAAUCUAAGCACUGGACUCUUUAGCCUUCUCCCAGGUGAAGAGCGCAGUGUGGUGUCACUCAUGUUCAAAGUUGAUAAACAGACUCAUGAAAUUCUUGGGGAGCCACAGUUUGAGCUUUCAACGAUUAAAUCUGACAGAAAGCUGACAUAUCAAGAUGCUGAAAACAGUAUUAACAAACAGUCAGAAAAUCCUUUUGAUCACAGCAUCAAAUUGGCGUUUGAGUUUGCCAAAGCCCGGAGGAAAGAAAGGCUUAAAAACUGGGCGUACGCUCAGCCUGAUGAUGACCACCUUCCAGGUGAACGGAAGGCCAAUUUGAUGAUAGAAGAGCUCAGUGUGUUAUUCAAUAAGUAUGUAUCAGAAAUACUCAGCAAUUCACUAGUAACAAGAAGUUUUGUGCCUCUUCGCUGCCAACCAGGACCUUCCCAACAAAGCAUGGACCGCUUAAAGGAACAAUGUGCCGAUCUCAUUCCAGUCUCCUUUAGUCUGUGGCAUAAAAUUGACUGUGAGGAACAAAAUCCAAAGUGUGACUCCUUCCGUGUGCUCCAGUACAUAUGGAAGAACAUCCGUGAAGCGGCAGCAGCUGGUGAUCAUGACAAAAUGGUGGAUCUAAUCGCUGCUGAUGACAUCCACCCUCUGCUUAAACCCAUCACCACUCAGUUCAGGAAGUGCUCGAAUAAAGCCUAUUUCAUCCGCUCCACAUCGUCCCCAAAAGCAGAUGUUGGCCACUAUUCCCUCAACCUGAAGAGCUACACUUGGGCAUCCUCACCAAUACGGCGCUACAUUGACCUAGUGCUGCAGAGGCUGGUACACUGCUGCAUUCUGAAAAAUCAAGUGCCCUUCACCUCAUUGGACAUUAGUGCUUUGUGCACUGACUUUGACAACAGUUCAAAAGAUGCAAAAGAGUAUGAAAGACAAGCAGUAAAUAUUUCCUGUGCUGUAGGUGUAAUGAAGCAAAGUGUUUGUAAAGUAGCAUUUGUGGUGAAAGGUGGAGCAGAAUCUGACAGUUUCUUUAUGUCUUUACCUUUUCACAAAGACAUAUUUUCAGACAUCUCAUGUAUGUAUAGAAAUCUGCAGUUGGAUGAUCAGCCACGAUAUGAUAAGACCAGUGGAAGUGUAACACUUCAGUGGAAGAGGAGAAUUUAUUCUGCCGACAAAGACAGGUUACACAGGGAGUUACAGACACAAUGCCACAGUGGUCCAUGUUUGGUUAUUCCAUUCCAUGUGUGGAAGUCGAUUGUUGACGCAAUAAAGGAAGAAAAGUGGGAGGAAGCCAACUCUCUCAUACUGAGGGCUAAGACAGAGGAGGAGCCCUCACAAACCCUUGUGAACACAAGUCCUUCUGCAAAGCAGAUUGAGCAUGAAGUAGAAAUCAGCCUCCAGUUAAAGCCAGGGAACACUCUCCGUGUCCAAAUGACUUGUGAGGUAUAUAGGGGUUUCUGGAGGCCUGUUGUUCAGCUGGUUAGCAUCACACCAAAGUUUGAGCUUUGUGUGGACCAUGUCCAAAACCCCGUCACCUGCUUCUCCAGGUGUGCCAAUAACCCCUCUCAGAUUCACUUCAAUAAACCUGAAGACUAUGUACGGAUCUGGGAACCUCUGUGUGAAAUGGAGUCAGCCUCUACUGCAGUCAGAGACUGUAACUGUAUCAUCAUUGAGAACUUAGAGGUGAACUUCAGUCAAAGAAGAGGGGAGUCACUUGAAGGGAACUUCUUCUUACAUUCAGCAUGGAUCGAAGAGUGGGCUAUUACAGAGUUCAACCUUUCACACUGUUUUUUGUGCAUACGUAAACCAGCUCUACCGCUGAAAAAAGAUAUAUUAGAAAAAUAUGAUCUAUCAGAUUAUAUCAAACCAGGAGACCCUGCAGAAUUCACAUGGGUGGCCCAUGGGGUCACCACUAAUUAUGAAGUAAAGAAAAAGCCACAAGAGGGAAAUCUAGUUCAUUUCAAUGUCAACCACCUUCCAAUGAAGAAUAUUCCUGACAGCAUUUUCAAGAACACUUUCACUGUUGAACUGAUCCCAAAGACAAUACCUGACAUCCGAAAAGAAAGUGCUGUACGUAAUGUGCCCAAAGCAUGUGAACUUGUUAGGAGUAUAGCGCUUGGACAUCACAUUCCAAGAGAAGUGGUGUCCAGUCACGUACCUAUCCGGAGAGAGUUUCCAAACAAGCUUCCACCUCUGAAUACCAGUCAGUUUCAGGCAGUGGGUAUGGCUUUGAAUAACACCUUUACUCUCAUCCAAGGGCCCCCUGGAACGGGGAAAACAGUCGUUGGAGUGUACAUUGCGCUUUGUUUUUUGGAGCUGAACCAAAAGAAUCCCAGAAAGCUACAUUCAGACGACAAGGACAAGGACAAGAGACAAGUUAUUCUCUAUUGUGGCCCUUCCAAUAAGUCUGUGGAUGUGGUUGCAGAGUAUAUGUUGAAGUUUAAAGACAUUAAGGCUCUCAGAGUCUACAGUGAACAAGUGGAGAUGCUUGAGUACCCAUACCCAGAAUGUGUCCUUCAAUUUUCUACAAAGACACGAGCUGAGUCUUCUAAAGAAAGUCUCAGGGACAUCACUCUGCAUCACCGCAUCAGACAACCUACAAACCCCAAUGCAGCAGAAAUCAAAGCUUUUGAUCUACGAAUACAAGCGGCAAUAAUGGCCAAAAAACCCUUCACUCCUGAGGAGGUGAAAAAAUACAGAAAGCUUCUUGUUAAAGCCCGGAAAUAUGAGCUGGAGAGGCAUGACAUCAUCCUGUGCACUUGCACACAGUCGUCCACCCCAGGUCUGACUCGUACAGUUAGCGCCCGUCAGAUCCUCAUUGAUGAAUGUGCCAUGGCAACAGAACCACAAGCGCUUAUUCCACUCGUCUCCAACAACCCAGAAAAGAUUGUCCUUAUUGGGGACCAUAAACAGUUGCAGCCUAUUGUGAUAAAUGAUCGCGUGCGGAAGCUAGGCAUGACCAAGUCCCUCUUUGAACGCUACUAUACACGACUUGAAAAGAGGAGUGUGAUGCUGGACACACAAUAUAGAAUGCAUGAGGACAUCUGCACGUUUCCAUCCAAAGAAUAUUACGAGGGGAAGCUAAACACAGGGGUUAAACCGCCCAACAGCGUGCUGCGUGUGGCCGAAAGGACAAUGUCUGUAGUAUUUGGAGACAUUAAAGGAAUAACUGUCCGCCAGGUUGUCAGUACAUCAAAGGGCAACGAGAACUCCAAAGCGAACCGCGAAGAGACACAAAAAGUGUUGGACAUUGUCAAAAAGCUGACAAAAAAAGCCAGAAUUAGGCAAAAAGAAAUUGUAGUUCUUUCUCCCUACAACGCACAAGUUCAUGAAAUCAGGGAAACAUUGAAAGGGAAUGGAUUGAGUGAAGUCAGCGUCAACACCAUUACAAAAAGCCAAGGAAGUGAAUGGCGUUAUGUACUUAUAUCAACGGUGUGCUCCCUGCCCCAUGAAGAGAUCAUUCCUGAACCAGACGGCGGAUGGCUUUCCAAACAUGUGGGCUUUGUUGGAGAUCCUAACCAAAUCAAUGUGGCCAUCACCAGAGCCAAAGAAGGACUGUGUAUCAUAGGAAAUAUGGAGCUACUCUACUGCAGUAGAUCAUGGAAAAAACUGCUGGACCAUUACAAGAGAAACAACGCAGUGACUGAUGCAGACAAGAUUUCAGUUUGUCAACUCUAAGAGGAACAAAUUAUUGAGGAUCUCCUGGAAAGCCAUGAAAAUUGUUUUAUGUGUUUGUUUUAAGACAUUCCGUAACUACGUAGCCCACAUACUGUUGAAAUACAACACAGAUGUCUUAAUUACUUACUAUAUUUUUACUUGUAUUUUAAAGAGAAGUGAUAUUUAUUUUGUGUAUAAAUUAUUUGUAUUAGAUCUGUAACAAAGAUUAUGCAAAAAAUUAUAAAAAUAAAAUAAAAUCUCUUAAAGCAA